AUGAAAUACUUGAAACGGAGCGGAAAGAGGUGGGGGGGGCGCACGAGAGCGGGUGGUGCUGAGCGGUGGCUUUUGCUGAGGCAGUCUGGAAUUUCUUCCAUUGCAGGUACUUGUUGGGGAAGAGGAGAGGCGGCAUCACACGUGGAGGUCUGGGCAUUUACAUUGGUGGUAGUGGAGGAGGAGGAGGAGGAGGAGGAGGAGGAGGAGGAGGAGGAGGAGGAGGAGGAGGAGGAGGAGGAGGAGGAGGAGGAGGAGGAGGAGAGAAAAGAGGGGAUUAGCGUCAAGAAGGUAUAUUCAACGGAUCUAUAUGUGGAGACAGAAGCGAUUGGUUGA